AUGUCGUGUCCCAGUAUUGCACCCCAUACAAUCGUUAAGACCUACUCGAAUUACCCACUUAUGGAUCUCAAAUCGAUAAGAGCUACAGUCCAAUCGUAUCAAAAUGAGUUGGACGGGACCACUCUCGGCUUAGAAGCUCCACUAUUACAGAAACUCCGCUUUCAGAGAAUACACGAUGAUCUCCCCGUUCUACUACACCACCUCAAAGGAUAUGAAUCAAACAAGCUCUACCAAGAAACGCUCACGCUCAUACAACAUCUCUUUGGAGAAUUGAGCAAGCUUCUUCUAGCAAACGAAGAGGCAAUGUCGAAUUGGAUUGCUCAAUUUGCACCAAAAGAAACUCCGUCUGAAGUACCCAGCCCAUCUACAAAUACAGAAUCAGUAGAAGAGAGCUAUGCUUCUUUGAGAAACAGACUCUUGGCCGGUGGAGUGGAGUCUUCAAAACUCGAGAAUGCCUCUCACGAACAAUUGAAUUCGUAUCAUGAGUCGAUUCAAGAGGAUCUCAUUUCUGAGCUCUCAGACCUAACGUCAUCGCUCAAAUCCUCCGCUAUGCAACUCUCAUCCAAGAUAACGGCCGAUGCCAAGCUUGUUUCGGAAACAACCGAGCAUAUGGUCAAAAACCUGUCACUCAUGCAAAACGUUGGCCGAAACCUCAAUGACUACUUGGGCUCUAAAACAGGCGGCAAGAUUAGUUUGUUCUUCAUGAUCAAGAUCAUGAUAUUUGUGUUUGUUCUAUUCUUCUUCAUGGCUUUCGUUGCCAAAUUCUUCCCAAAGAUGUGA